GUUCCUUAACUUCCCUUCCUCUUCUCUUGUCGCCCUCCUUCAACUGUCUUAGGUCUGACCGACUUGCCGCAGUGACUACUUCUUAACAAGAAAAGGGAGCGCGUAUCAGUAUUCAAGACUGAUCGAGUCUAAUUCCUGGUGAAUUUGACUUUGGUUUCGUCACAAACUCAUUGAUCAAAGCCAGAGAAGGUCGGUGGUAUUUUAGCUCUUGUCGGGACAAGCUGCCUGCCUGCCUGUUUAUCAAUCAUAAAUAUGGCGUCGUCUUCGUCGUCGGGUCCCGACACGAUCAUCAACCUCAAGGUCAGCUUCGAUGGAGUUGUCAAGAAGGUGAAACUUCCGCUGCGUGACCUCGCUGCGAGCACGCUGGCAAACAAGUUGCACGAGACCCUUUCCCUUCAUCCCGACAACACGUAUCUCAUCGAGCGCUAUUCCGACUCGGCGGCAUCUUACGUGGUGCUCAAUCCCGCCUAUCCCGCCGUCUUCAAGCAGCUGUACCGUGCCGCCAAGGCUAAGCAGAAGCUCAAGCUGAGGAUUACUACCCUCAACAAGGAAACUGUUGCUGAGAAGAACGCCGAGCUCUCUCCUCCUCCUCCUCCUCCUCGCAAUGCCCGCUCAGUAACUGUUGAGGAUGUACCCGAGGCCGUGCCACAGCCAACGACCACAUCUUCUGCACACAAGCCCGCUGAGGCCAUGGCUUCGUCUAUCGAGAAGACCGUCUGCGACUACAAGGCAUUCAUGACCGGCCAAGGAGAGCCGAUUACUGUUUCGGAGCCCUACCAGGACCCCCUUGAGGCUUUGGCCCGCAGGAUCAACUCGGUUGUGUUGUCCGCAGAGGCAAGGCUGACAAAGGCCGUAGAGACACCGACUGUGGAAAAGAAGGCUACUCCCCCGCUGCCUCCGAAGCCCACGGCGCUGUCACAGCUCUCCAACUCCCGCAUGCCAUUUGCAGUCUACUGCAACAGCUGCGACAAGACGAUUCCCGAUGUUCACUAUCACUGCUCUACCUGCGAUGAGGGUGACUUUGAUCUCUGCCAAGCUUGCAUUGACAUGGGCAUUUCAUGCCACGGCGAGGGCCACUGGCUCAUCAAGCGUAUGAUUCGGGAUGGUGCUAUUGUCACCAGCACCACUGAGCGCAAGGCUCCCAAGCCCCCGACUGCAAGCAACAAGUCGGCUCCUCGUUCUGCCAAGGCCCCCUUGUCCCAGGCAGUGCAGACUUGCCCCGCGAUGCCAGAGAGAAAGCAUGUGCCUACUUGCCCUGCUGCUACCAACCCUGCCCCGCGGGUUGUGCCUCUGUUCCGCAACUACCUGUACCAAAACGCCCGGACUUGCAACAACUGUGUGCAGGAGUUCCCCGAGGCCGAAUUCCUUCACUGCACCACUUGUGCUGACUUCGACCUUUGCAAACCGUGCUUCAUCAAGGAUGCCCACGGUCAUCACCCUCGUCACGGCUUCACCCCGGCUGUUGAGGGCACCGCAACUGACAACGAGGUCUCUUGCCGCCUGGCUCCUGGCCGCAACGAGAAGCACAAUGCCAUUUGUGACGGAUGUGACAAGUACAUCAACGGCAUUCGCCACAAGUGCCUCGACUGUCCCGAUUGGGACUACUGCUCGGGCUGCGUCGUCAACGCCGGCUUUGUUCACCCGAACCACCGCUUUGUGCCUAUCUAUGAGCCUCUGCGUGACGUAGCUGUUCGCACUGCUAACCUACCAGUCCACUUUGGCAUCCACUGUGAUGGACCUCUUUGCCAGGCGGGAACACCCCGUUUCAUCGUUGGCGAUAGGUACAAGUGUGCCGUCUGCCAUGAUACCGACUUUUGCGAGAGGUGCGAGGCCAGCCCUGCCUCGACUCACAACAAGACUCACCCCUUGAUCAAGUUCAAGACUCCGGUUCGCAAUGUUAACGUCACAACGACCGGAGAGCAUGAGAAUGGAACCAAACUUCCCCAGAUGGGAGACCGCCCACGCCAUACGUCUCAGCCAGCCGAGCCCAAGGUCACCAAGCCAACCAUUGCCCCCUCGACCGUCAGGACCGUCGUGAACGUGCAGCCUGCUCCUGCUACUAGGGCCAUCUCUAUCUCACCCGAGGUGCAAAAGGCCCCCACGCCACCAGUGUCGCAGCCCCAGCCGGCUACGCGAACAACUGAGUACUGUGCGGUGUAUGAGAGCGACACCAUCGCUGAUGGCACUGUUAUGGAGCCAAACCACAUUUUUGAGCAGACUUGGGUUCUCCGGAACGCAGGCAGGCACCCCUGGCCCGCUGGAUGCCGUCUCAAGUAUAUUGGUGGUGACUACAUGGGCCACGUGGACUCCAAGCGCCCCGCUGCCGUGCCUGAGCUAAUUUCGGCCUCUGAGUCGACUGUCUGCUACGCCCCUCUGGCUCCUGGCCAGAAGUUCUCUUUCACAGUUCUCCUACGUACUCCUCCACGAGACGGCAAGGUCAUCUCCUACUGGCGACUUACGACCCCUGAGGGUCUGAAGUUCGGCCACCGUCUGUGGUGCGAUGUUGAGGUUAAGACUCCUGCCCCUGUCGAGGACAUCAAGCAGGAGGCUCCUGCCGUCGAGGAGGAGUCCAAGGAGGAGGUCAAGGAGGUCAAGGCAGAGGAGCCCAUCAAGGAGGAGAAGAAGCUCGAGGGCAGCCAAAUGAUCUUCCCCAAGCUUGACAAGGAGUCACCUGUUGCUAGCAUCCACCAGGAUUCUCCGGCUGCGACGCAGUCGGCACCAUCCGAGGUGGACAACCAUGCUGAAGAUUUCGAGGACUGCAAUGAUGACGAUGAGUGGUCUGAGGAGGGAUUCAUGACCGACGAGGAGUACGACAUUCUUGACGCCUCUGAUGAGGAGUUUGUUGUCGAGAAAUCGAACAAGAAAUGAGUUGAUUCUCAACGCCGUCACGGAAAAUAACAGCACGACCACGGACGGUGCAUCGAAAGUUUACGGCAAUCGAUGGCGGUCAAUCAUGCUCAUUUCCCGAGCAGCUUGACUUAGGAGCACAUGGGUUGAACAUAUGGGAAUCGUGAUAUGAUUGCCUUUGAUCAGCCGGUUUUUGUUUUCUUAAACUGUAUUUUUUUUUGUCACGCUGGAUAUUGGUGGAGUUCCUAUGGCUUCUUUUUCCUUUUGUUAUUUUCACUGCCUUGCCAGCUAUUUGGAGGGCGGACGACCAAUAUUCUCUCACUUGCACAAUGAGUCUUUUGGCCAUUGGGAUGAUGCUACUUCGUUUACCAGAUUGACUACUGAAGGCACAUCCUAAGGAGGGUUAGCGAUAUAAGCUAUCAAAACCUCUUAUCCGUUCUUUGGUUUCAUGUCAUGUGUUUACUGUCUAUCUGUCCUGUGAUUAGGUCGUGUUGUUUUAGUAGUAGUAAGUACUGAAAUUGAAAUAUUUGGUUGAGCAAGGAAAGCCUCUUUUCGCUUGAUUCUUAGGCAAAUACGCCAGCCAUCUCAGUCAAACGUGACCUUUUUGCCCUGAGGUGCGACGGCAGCACCGGUGAGCCUGGCCACAUUAAUGUCGGUAUGAUAACUAAGUGAGCCCCCUCCACUCUUCUCCGCACUAUCUCCUCCUGAUGACUCUGCAUUACUCCUGGGCGGGCCUCUGCCUCCAGGACCCUUCCGAGCAGUCUUUGGUGCAUCUUUCCCGAACCGCUUCUUAUACCUCGUCUGAUCAUCCUCGGCAAGCUGUAUGGUGAGCGGUCUGCCCUUGAGCUUGUUGACCCACCAUUUGCGCGUCUUUGUCUUUUCCGGAGCGGCGGCCGGCUUCCGCCUCUUUGUCUUUCUUGCAGCAUCCUCGUCGUCAUCGUCGUUGUCGUCCUUGGCCCCCUCCUCCUCAUCCCCCUUAUCGUCCUCAUCGCCACUCAUAAAGUCCUCCUCGGUCUCGACGGCUUCUUUGAUCUUAACAAAGCCCUUGACAGCCCAUUCGCAGGCGACCGAGUCGGCAAAGCGGACCCAGCCGUAGCCCUUGCACUUUCCCGAGUCCUCAAAGGUGGCGACCUUGGCCCACUCUAUGGUGCCGCACUUUUCAAACUGCCAGCGAAGCGUCUCCUCGGUCGCGUCGUAGGGGAGGUUGCCGACGUAGAUCUUUUUCGUGUUGGUGCUGGGCGUCGCGGCUGCGGUUGCAGCAGUAGCAGCCCCUGCCUUGUUUCCUGACUUUGUCUCAUCUGCACCAGCAGCGGCGGGAGCGGGCGCGGGUCGGCCCUCGAAGGACUUGGAGUCCUUGAUCAGCAGCUUGCGGCCGCCGUAGUCGGACUCGGACAGGGCGAUGGCGGCGAUGCAGGCGUCGUAGGCGGCAAAGUCGACGUAGGCGAAGCCCUUGUUGUCCCGCCUCUCAGACCCGGGCUUCUUGUCCUUGGACAGGGGCAGGUUGACGCGCGUGAUGGCGUCCUCGGUGAUGGAGCCGCCCGAGUUUUCGACCAGCCACUUGAAGACGUCGGCCCGCGUGGCCGUGAAGGGCAGGUUGCCGAUCCAGACUCCGUAAUUGGAACGCUCCUUCUUGCCACCCGCGGACGACGACCUCAGCUGCUCCGGAAGGUUCGCGGCGUCUUCGUCGUCGUCGUCGUCGGCUUCCAGGUCCGCCCGGUCGUCCCGCUUCUUCUUGGACGCGGGCUUCGGCAGCGGCUUGCCUUUCUUCAGGGCGCGGCGGGCGCGCUUGCUGGGUGGUUCCGGCGCCGAAAGGUCCACUGCUAUCUCGUCCUCUGGGUCCGUGGUCGGCUUGCGCUUCUUGCUGGAGGUGGUGGGUUCCGGGGUCGAGGAGCGGGAUGAGGCGGGGGGUGAGCCUGGUGAGCUCGGUGGCUCGGCGGAUUUCUUGGUCGGCAUUGUUUUUUUUUUUCUUUUUGUUAAGUUGAGGAUUGAGUUAGUUCCCCUUCCUCUUGCUGUCGAAACGUGUGCCUAUGCAAAUGCCUCUUCAAUGUUU